AUGAAGCUCAAAUGGGCACUACAUUCAGCAUCAAUAGCCGAACCUACACUUCGCGAUUUUUCAGCGUGGCUCUCAUCUUUAGCAAAUGCAGCAAGUAGAGUAGCUACACCUUCUUUUUUAGAUAAACCACUAAAAAAGGAAGGACGAGUGCACGUACAUCAGACAGCUGAAAUGACAACCACGGCAGUUAGGUGUUACAUUUGUGGCGGCGGACAUAAAAUAAUGGAAUGUGAAAUAUUCACGAACGAGCCUACCAAUCAACGCUGGCGUAUUGUCAAGGAAAAGAAGCUGUGCCGACAAUGCUUAGGCGAGCAUAGGCGUCGCUGUUUCAGUAAUAAAGUGUAUGGCAUUGAUGGCUGCAAUGCACGACACCACCCCAUGCUGCAUUCUCGGAUAGACCAAUCUACGCCAGCAAUAUCUUCUACAGCUAACAAUGUUUCAUCGGAUAUAGUAGAACAAAUAAGUUUAAGUCCAUACUCAAACAAAGCGUUACUCAACAACCAUAAUUCAUCAGUGAAUAAAAACUGGUCAUAUUGCCGAAUUCUUCCAGUUACUUUAUAUGGCACCAAAAGGACUAUUAACACAUAUGCAUUGAUGGACGAUGGGUCAACACUAACGCUUAUUGAAGCAAGUCUAGCCGAUGAAUUGGGAAACGAUGGUAUCCAGGAUGCACUAUGCAUUAAUUGGACAGGUAAUAUCAGUCGACAGGAAAAUAACUCAAAAAGGCUCAACUUACAAAUUUCUGCCAAUGCUCCUCAAGCUAAAAAAUUCCCAUUGAAAAAUGUCCGCACAGUAAGCAACUUACGCAUGUCAGCAGAAUCUUUUGCAGCUGAUAAAAUAAAACAAUGGUAUCCGCAUUUAGAUGGCUUGCCUCUAGCAAGUUAUACAAAUGCUGUCCCCAUGCUGAUUAUCGGCGUAAAUAAUCCAAACUUAAUUUCAGCACAUAAGGUGAGGGAGGGUGGCUGGCAAGAACCCGUGGCGGUGAAAACACGUCUUGGUUGGACAGUUUUUGGUGGUGGUGAAUUAAACCACCGUAACAACUUAAACCUACACAAAUGUAGCUGUGGACAAGAAGCUGAUAGGGAGCUUCAUGAGUUAGUAAAGACAUUUAUAGUAAACGAGAAUGUCGCGGUGGCUACCCCAAAAGCAGAAUUACUUUCAAUUGAGGAUCAGCGAGCAGAGGAAAUAAUGCGCAAGUGCCAGUUACGCGGAAACCGCUACGUUGUCAAUUUGCCAUGGAACACCGAUACGGUCGAAUUGCCAAAUAGCUUGCCGAUGGCAUUACGUCGAGCGGAGUGCUUACGUCGAAAAAUGCAUGGGGACCCUGAAUUGUGUCAAAAGCUAAAGGAACAAAUCACUACUUUAGUCAGCAAGGGCUACGCAACUGAGUUGCCACCAGAUGCAAUUAACGAGCGAGGUGGGAAGAUUUGGUAUUUACCAAUUUUUAUUGUGCGCAAUCUACUUAAACCGAAAAAGCAUAGAUUAGUUUGUGAUGCUGCAGCCAAAGCUGAAGGAGUGUCACUAAACGAUUUUUUGCUGAAGGGGCCGGAUAUGCUGCGACCACUUAUAAACAUAUUAUUAAAUUUUCGUUUAGGAAGAAUAGCUGUCUAUGGUGACAUUGCUGAAAUGUUUCAUCGAAUUCUAGUACAAGAAGCAGAUACUGAUGCUCAGAGAUUUCUAGGGUUCAGCGAGACAUUUAAAAAUAUAUGCGUUUAUAAAUUAAAUGUAGUUAGCUUUGGUGCGCGAUGUUCACCAUAUAUAGCGCAUUUUAUUCGAAACCUGAACGCAGAAAGAUUUAUAGCUGAAAAUCCUAGAGCAGUGUACGCUAUUAAAAACAAUCAUUACGUGGAUGACUUUAUAGAUUCAACAAAUUCCAUUGAACAAGCAAUAGCAUUAGCCGAGGCAGUUCGCAACAUACAUGAACAAGGUGGUUUCCAUAUGAAAAGCUGGACAAGUAAUGCACCAGAAGUUUUAGCUGCGUUAAACGAAAAUAGUGAACAGACGGAUAAGUCGUUUGAUAAUAAUAUCGACACACUUCCGAUCGAAAAAAUUCUCGGCAUAUAUUGGGACCCGAAGUCAGAUUUCUUUAAAUAUGUUUUAAAAUUCGUUCGUUUACGUCGUAAUGUUUUUGCAGAUGAAAUUGUACCCACUAAAAGAGAAGUACUUCAAAUUUUAAUGUCCAUUUUUGAUCCAUUGGGACUGGCAGCUUGCCUCACAUCAUAUUUAAAAAUACUUAUUCAGGAUAUUUGGAGAAGCGGAAUCGACUGGGAUCAACCACUGGUACCCGAUCUUAUGGGCAAGUGGUUAGCUUGGGUUGCCUGCAUGCCUAUUUUUGCUAAUAUUUCUGUACCCCGUUGUUAUUCACCAUGUUGUGUCAGCUCAGAUGGUUUGUUAUAG